AUGAAGAGAGAGGGUCGGCAACACGGGCUGGUUCGAACCUACCCGAUUAUCCCUUCACCGUGGAACCCAACUCCACACCACACAAACGCCUUCAACUCACCACCACCCACCGCCGGCCUCUUCACCAAGGUCUCCGCUAAGCCCACUAACCACUCCAAGUUCACCGGAAAGUGCAGCCGUGUGAGAUGCUCCGACUGCCAUGCACACCCCGCCGGCAAAGCCAAGGACAAGGCUAAGGGCACCCUGAAACGGAGGACGAGUGUGGAUACUAGAUUGAUUACAUGGCGGGUUGUGGAUGCUAGACCUGCAGGUCUCCUCAACUUCUCCGGGUCCUCAGCUACCGGGAUUUUGGACCACUUGGCCGGCGCUGACGAUGACUACAUCGAUGAUUACAUCUGUAAAGAAAGCAUUGGUCAUGACGAGGAUGAUGACGGCGACAGGAUGAGCUUUUGUGAUGCAGGAUUUGUGUGGGAGCAAGUAGAAGAAGAUGGGUGGUGCUUAGUCGGGGCAGAAAUGUGA